AGCAGUACUCCAAAGCCAUGAACGCCCUGAGCACCGCCGUCGUCCUUUGCGCCACGGUUGCCUGUGCCGCUGCGGGUGGACUUUUAGGUGGCUAUGGCCUGGGUGGUCUCGGAUACGGUGGAUAUGGACUUGGCUACGGCGGCUACGGCCUUGGAGGUCUCGGAUAUGGUGGAUAUGGUCUUGGUUACGGUGGCUACGGUGGAGGCUUGGGAUAUGGCGGAGGCUACGGUGCCGGUGGCGUAGGCAUCGGCAGCAGCGUCGCUCUUCUUAGUGGUGGACCUCCCUUUGCCAAAGCUGUGGCUGGACCUGCCUUCCUCGUGAGAACGGUUCACCACGUCAACAAAGUGAGCGGCGGAGGAGCCCUUCUCGCUCACUCUGGCCUCGGCUACGGAUACGGCGGUGGCUACGGAUAUGGUGGUGGAUAUGGAUACAAGGGCUGAACAUUAUUGUUACGUCAU